AUGGUGAACUCCUUAGAAGAAAGGCUAAAAAAGCAUGCCAAUGCAUUUGAUGGCUUACUUUCAUUAAUACCAGCCAAGUAUUACUAUGAUGAAGAUACCUCAAAUCAAUGGAAAAAGAAGCGUAAGACCAAAGAAGAAAGACAGCGCGAUAAAAGGAGAAAAUUGGAUCCAAAUACGAAUAACGAUGUUAGUGCGGAACAAAUGAUGAAGAAAAGGGAGAAGGAGGCGAAGCCAGUUGUUAUACCAGGACAGAAAGAAGAUUCAUUAAAAAAUGAGUCGAUUGAGAAGAAAUCACAGCAGCCCGAAACUAUAGAUACCCAAGCGAUAACGCUGAUUUACGAUGAUAAUGGAGAAAUACUAAACAAGAAUGAAGAAAAAGAAGCAGAGGAUGUGGAAAGCAAGAUUGCAGAGGAAAAGAAGAAGGAAGCAGCGUUAAAUCAUGAAAAGAACAAAAAGCUAGCCAUUGAAAAAUCAGAGAGAAAGAAGAAGCUCACUGAAGAGCAGAAAGCAUUGAAACAGAAGCAUCUUGCAGAGCUCAGAUCAAAGCUAUCAGCUAAGAUAACAAAGCUUAGAGAGAAACGUAAAGCUCCGGGUACAAGUGUUCCGGGAGCUCCAACAUCAAGAGAGCAGAUAUUAGAAGAAAGACGGAGAAAGAGGGAGCUGAAGAAAAGUAAUAAGCAAGCUGAAGAGGAAGAAGAAGAAGAAGAUGAUGAUGAUGAUGACGAUGAUGAUGACGACGAUGAUGAUAAUGAUGAGGAAGAUACUGAGCGUACAUCUAAGCCCAAGGAGCUUAAGAAGUCUGAUGUGUUUUAUGGAAACAUUACGUUUGAAGAUGGAACCAGAGUCACUUCCGACUUGACUGCUGUUCGUAAGGCAAAGAAGAAGAAAGGUCCUGCAAACAAGGACAUCGGAGCACAUUUAAAGAAGCUCGAAAAGACGAGGAAAGAGCUGGGAGAAAUGGAUGCGGAUAAGAGGAAAAGAGUUGAAAAUAAAAGCAGCUGGUCACGUGCACUUGCAAGCGUUGAAGGUGAGAAAGUGAAAGAUGAUGAGCAGCUUCUUCGUAAAUCACUAAAGAGGAAAGAAGCCACUAAGCGUCGUACAAAGAGAGAAUGGAGAGAAAGAAAGAAGGAUUUGCAUGAGCUGAUGGACGCCAAGCAGCAAAGAAGAUUACAAAAUGUGUGGAUUCAAAAGGAGAAUAAGCGGAGAGGAAAGAAAGAUCAGAUCAGACAGCUACCGUCACAUAAGAAGCUUUCACGUUCGAAUAUCAAAAGAGCAAGAGCUGGCUUUGAGGGAAGAAUUAAAACCGGAAGAGGAAAGAGUCGUGGACAUUGA